GUCCAUGCCGCCCAAACCGAGGCCUGUUGGACCGAGACCUUCGACAUCUCAACCAUCUGCACCGGCUAUGAAUGUUACGAAGCUUGAAGAAGACGCUAGGGCGAUGCCACCACCGCCCAACCCACCACCACUGGGCAUCCUCGUCCCCGAAAUCACUGCACUGAACAACUCUCUCAAGAACGUCGCGUUGAAGACAGGACAGCUGUACGCGUUUCACGCUGAAACAAGGAAACUUGGCAUAGAAGCAUACGCUGAUACGGCGCCUGGGUCGCUCACUGCAGCGCUCGGUCGCGAGACAGAGAUCUAUGAUCAGUUAUGCGACACCAUUGAAGCGCGUCUUCUGCGGGCUAUUACAGUGCUGCAACGCGAUCUGGCUCGUGAGGAACGGCGCGUGAAGGAAGCUGAAGAAGCCGCUGCGCAGGCCGAAGCAAUGGCGCAGGUUGUCGCUCCUGCCUCGCAAUCACCCGGGACUAUGCGCGCCCAGCUCCCCACCAUAGACGUCACCAUGGCCAAUCCGGACGGCUCGCCACACACCACUCCGGACCCCAACCAGUCUCCGCCGCCCCCUGGAUCUGCGGUCAGCCGUCGACCCUCGGUUAUCUCUAUUUCGUCGCUGCAACGGCCGAACCUCCCGUUGAAGCUGGAUCUGUCGGCCAACUCACUGAGGAUAAGUCCCGAGGAAGCUUCGCUGUUCUCAUCGAGCAUGGCGUCGCCUGUGACGCUUGCGCCGCGGUCGGCGAGACCCUAUGGUCCCAAUGAAUAUCCCCCGGAUUUCAUCGCGGCUCUCGCAUCUGCGUCAGCGUCGUCGUCGAGCACUGACCCAUCCCGAGUCGACAUCGAUUUGACCGGCCCCACUCUGCCAGACGCUGCGAUGGCCGCCAUAGGGAACAGCGCAGACCAGCCUAUCGAGUUGGACCUGGAGUCGAUGGAAAUCGACAUGGCGAUGACAGACCUCUUUGGAGACGCCGAGUCCGGCUCCAACGCGGGGAGUACCGUGGACGACUUGUUUACCCCCGUGAUGUCUGGCCCAGGGAUCGAUGUCAAGACAGAGGAAAGUUUCCUCGAUGCGCUCAACAGCGGCAGCAGCGCCGACAUCUUUGGCGCAGAGUCAGGCUCUGGGCAGACUCCGUUGCCGAAUGCACUGCUUGCUAGCUUUGCGCAGAUGGAGCAAGCGGCGGGCCCGUCGGCCGGCGAGGUCCACUCGGAGGCGGCGGGUUACGACUUGUCGGGCUUGGAUCUCAGCGGGCUGGGGCCUGGCUUCUUUGGAGACGCACAGAAUCCUGGCGCAGAUGCUGAUAUGGGCUUCGACAUGGCUGCGUUACUUGGCACGAGCAUUGAUACCGGAGAUUCACCAGUCAAGGCCGAGCCCGCAAUAUAAUGUCAUUAUUAAAGUUGGUCUCCAGGAUCUUGCGGCGGAUGCAGAAUAGUGUGUUGCGAAGGAUUCCAAAUAAGCCAUAGUGCUCUCUCUUGCGGCUUGGUUCUCGAAACGGUGUAAGUAUUUGGGUCGAAUUCCGAGGACAUCUGAGGUUAGCGUGUCAUCACGGACACGUGAGAAACACGUGGGGUGUCUCCUCUCUGAGUCUUACACUGGUUACAGCUCAUAAUCGACAGCCAAGCGCAACUUUGUUGCUAUCAAGUGACACUCAAGUAGACAAAAAUUCAUGCUCGUCUAUGUUUCCCUCACCUGGAGGCCAAUCUGUCGCUGCAAGCUGCGGUCCGGGUCCCGAAGGCGGGAGUUCACCCUGAUUCACAAUGCAACGACGACCGGUCCGUGUCUCACCCAUCCGCAAAUGUUUAUAAGUCCUGCAGCCCCGUCUCCUAAUCCAAUCUGUUUCUUCCUUCCGCACCACUAUCAUCUUUGCCUUCUAAACACCUUUUUUGCUUCAUUUGCUCCGUAUUUCAUUCAAGCAUGCCUUCUCCAACCAACUCUUCUGUCCUUCCCGACCUCACUGGCACCACCAUUGAGAACGGCCGUCUUCGUCUUACCCGCUUGUUAGGGGCCGGCGCAUACGGUAAAGUCUACAAGGCCAUCGACCUACCUGCGUCUGGUUCCACCGCUGUUCAAGUUGCAGUCAAGUGCAUGCCCAACUACAAGGCUGGCUCCCGCGAUGCGCUCAUGGUCAAGAACGAGCUCGCGAUCCACCGCUCCGUCAGCGCCGGGCGCAACAUUUCGACUCUCCACCGCGUGUUCACCACCGCCGACUACGUGUUCGCCGUCAUGGACGUCUCCCGGGAGACGCUGUUCGAAGAGCUUGUUGAGAAGCGCCGGUUCAGGGGCCGACUGGACAUGGUCAAGGAGGUCUUUGGUGAGAUCCUAGAUGGUGUCGAGUACAUGCACGACCACGGUAUCUUCCACCGCGAUCUCAAGCCGGAGAACAUCCUGUGCGGGUUGGGCGGUAGCGAUGUCCGGAUUUCUGACUUUGGGCUUGCUACUACGAGAGAGAGAUCGACCCAGUUCGGAUGUGGGAGUCGUUUCUACAUGAGUCCGGAGUCGCUGAGUCGUGAUCCCCGAGUCGAGUCGUAUUCGGCGAAGGACAGCGAUCUCUGGGCCUGUGCUAUUCUCCUGGCGACGAUGGUCUCUGCGUGCCACCCCUGGGCCACGGCGGAGCUGACCGAUCGCGGAUAUCAAGGCUAUCUGACGGACCCGAGGUAUCUCAAGAAGGCGCUCAAUCUCACAGUCCCGGCCUUCAAUCUGUUCAACUGGUGCUUCCAACACGAUCCCGCCAAGCGCCCAUCGCUGAAAGAGCUGCGGAUCGCUGUCGAAUUGUUGGAUGCGUUCGUGACCGACGAGCCUCGCCCGCGUCCGGGACUGUCGGGCCGGCCGAACCCGUAUACGAUCGUGGUCUACAACGUUCCGCUCACUGUCUUCCGGCGGGCUGCGCACGGCGAGCAGAAGGCAGUGCAGGACGCGUCUCCGGUCCAGAGCGAUGUCGGCGGCCUCCCUGUUGCGACUGAAAUGGUCCCUGCGGAAUUGAAAUCUGAGCUCACUCGCUAUUGCCCGUCGGAUUGUUCUUCCUGCGCCGAAUCGCGCGCAUCGAUCUCGACUGCUGCAUCGGACGCCAUCCCCCCGCCGCCCCCGUUCUCCCCGACGGACGCUGCUAUUGGCAUCAAGUUCACCGGUUUGGACGAUGAGAUCGAUUCAGGCGUUGUCUCGGACACGACGUCGGACUCGUCUCCGGACGAUGAAAAUGAUACAGACUCGACGUCGGACUCGCAUCCCAGCUCGCUGAACACCGACGAUGAGGUGGUCUCCAGCCCACCGACCUCGCCUGCGUCAUCGUGUUCGGAUGUCGUCUUUGCUGAAAUUGGAAAGGCCUCGCCCAUGGAGAAACCCGAAGGCCCUGCGAUGCUGGCGGCCCCGUCGCCGUCUUCUCCGUCGUCUUCGGAUUCGGAGAUGUCCUUUGCUUGUCCCGCUCCGAAGCCGCAGCCCGAGGCACCCGCUCCCGUGUCUCCGCGCUCAUCUACCGAGUCUUUCUCCUCUGAAAUCGUCUUCGCUCCCCCCGCAGACGUCGCACCCAUGUGCCACCUCGGAUCCCCAGUACCUUCGAGGUCCGGCUCGUCUGCGUCCUCGGAAAUGGCCCCGGCAAGUCCUGCGCAGGUCCUCCCCACACGACAACUCGAGACAUCUGUCCCGUCGCCGCCGAGUGCGGUGUCGUCGGCCUGCUCCGACCUUGUUUUCGCGGCCCCAGCGCAGGUCGCGCCCAUGCGCCAGCUCGAGGCAUCGGCCAUCCGCCCACCCCUCCCCCCGCGGCCCGCCCCGAAGAUAUCGACCAAGCCCCGCCAGCUGGUGCCGCCGCCGACGCACCCGUUCCGGGGGACCCUCGCUGCGAGGCCGAUCGUCUCGGUCGCGGCGAGCGCGCGGCCGACGCUGCCGACCCGGAAGGGCUACCGGGACUGGCUUGCCGCGAAGCGCGUCGUGGAGGAGAGGAAGAUGGCGAUUGAGAUGAAGAGGCGGGCGGCGAAGGAUCCGCUGGGGUGUCUGCAGGUGGGGAUGGUGAGGGAGUGUGAGUUGUUGUGAUGAUGGGUGUGGGUGUGUUUGGUGUAGUGCGGACGGGCGAACACAGAAAAUUCAAAAAAAUACUGACACUCUUUCUUUUUGCACAGGUUCGAGUUGGGGUGUGCUCCGUGGUGCUAUGCGACUGGUUCGCGGGGGGCUUCGCAUGAGCUGCAGAUCCGGGGGCAGACCAAGUCGUUCGACGAUGGCUGGCAAACCAUCGUCGGGCGAGUGGCUCGCUCCCGUCCGUGUCCGGCACGGUGUGUGUGUGUGUUGCGGUCUGGCCAACCGCUGUCACACAAUCUGCAGUCCAGUCUCUCGCGGCUUGGGCUUCGGUCUGGGCGCGGGAUUCUGUCGGCUAUGGUCUGGCAAACCAUAGUCGGGUUGGGGUUCUGGGGAUAAACCCGACUUGGAUUCGUAGACCGGAAGAGCUGGCCUAGCCACUCUCCUCGUCAUUGUGGGCUCGUGGGUGCUUCUCCACACCACAAAAACCGGGCGCGGACGUUCUGGCACAACACGUGCCUGGCUGAGGGUUCGGAUUUGGAUGGGCAAAGUGAUCCGAACCCAUCACCGUCGGACUGUCUCGAGGUGGCACUCGAGCGUCCGGGUGGUCUGGAGGGUGGUGGAUCUCCCUCUGCGAACGAAUCUAAGUCGGUUGAGCGGUUGGCUUUCACUGGGACGCCGGUGACUGUGGACCCUUUAUCCCCUUGCCCUUGCACGCAUUUCCUUCGGCCGACUGACAUUUGUCAGGAUUUACUGAUAUCCAACAGGACAUUUCAUGGAGAAUUUGACUCUGGUUUGUUCUGGCUGUUUGGUUUUGUGUGCUUGGACUCGGUUUCUAGAUUUCUCCUUGCUUGUUCUUUUCUGCUGUAUCUUCUGUUUUCCAAGUGAUUGUAUUGCAAGCUCAGUAUUCGUGUAUUCAUAAUGAUUUGUCGGACAGACCACCGAUUGGCACGGCAUUCCACCCAUCCAGCAUUCCCUGUUACCCUCACAUGAGAUUUCAUUCUGCAUGUCCGAAGCCAGUAGCAUGGUCUAGGCCCCCGCCGAUUAUGUGACGCCAUCACGAUCGCGAAACCAUCUUACCGCAUUUGGACUUCCCUUUGUCUUGGACCCACCGUCGAAGCACCGAGUAUGACACCGAAUAUACUCGCCUUGGGGCAUGCGAUGCGCGUUGCAUUCGAACCACCCAUACCAUACCAUGCAAUGCACGCCCUCCCACCUGCUCCUCAUCGCCGGUAAAACCAGCGGCGUGCUCGCCGGCCUCGGAGUCCUGCGCGGGCUGUGGUGGCUCGUAGACACCUUCCUUCUCGCCCCGCACCGGGACCCCCUGCACGCCCUGCCGGGCCCGCGCGCGCCGUCGUUCUUCGCGUCGCACUUCGCGCAGGCCGCGGACCCGGACGCGACGCCGCGCGUGUACGCAGACUGGACGGCGCGCUUCGGCAGGACGCUGCGCUACCACGGCUUCGGGCGGCACGACCUGCGCCUGCUCUCGUUCGAUGUGCGCGCCGUCGCGCACGUGCUGACGGCGCCUGCGUAUGCGCGCCCGUGGCUCACGCGCGCGUACCUCGGCCGUCUGCUCGGCCGGGGCGUGUUUAGUGCGGAGGGGGCGGAGCACCGCGCGAUCCGCAGACUCGUCGGGCCGGCGUUUACGGCACAGGCGGCGAAGGACAUGGUGCCGAUAUUCGUGCAGAAGGCGGAGGAGCUGAGGGAUCGCUGGGACGCGAUGAUGGCGCUGGACGCGCCGCAGGUCCUCGACGUCGCGCACUGGGUGUCGCGCACUUCGUUCGAUGUCUUCGGUCUCGCGGCGCUGGACUACCACUUCAAUGCUCUGCAGGAGGAGACGGAGCCAGGUACCAUUAGGCUUAUGUGUGCUAUCGGUCACCUUACCUCUGAAUCAGUGUAUUGUGCAUAUCGCCGCAUGUUCGCCAUCUCGGACCGGGCCUCGCGCUUCGCCGUGCUGAAACGCAUCUACUGCCCCAUCCUGGAGACGAUCUGGGUGAGCAGCUUUCCGUUUUGUGUGACGCCCAUUGAGAUUAUGCAGCCCACGAGAGACGAGCGUAUCAUGCGAGAGUGUCUGCAUACAAUCCACUCAAACGGCGUCGCUCUCGUCAGCCGCAAACGAGAAACGAUCAAGAACGGCGCUGCAGGCCACUCCAAGGAUAUUCUCAGUCUGCUCAUCCGCGCAGACAUCGCCUUAGAUGCGUCCUCGCAGUUGUCCGAUCAGGAACUGGUCGACCAUAUCACGUCCUUCCUAUUCGUCGGCGCGGAUUCGACCGCCUUGGCCAUAACGUGGUGUCUGCAUCUCCUGGCUCUGCAUCCUGACGUGCAAACCCGGCUCCGCGACGAGAUCACCGCUGCCCCGCCUCUCCGACACAACGCUGCCGCCGACAUGAUCGACUCGCUGCCGUUCCUGGACGCCGUUGUGCGCGAGACGUUGCGGGUGUGUCCGCCCCUGCACGGCACGGUGCGCGUCGCCACGGCGGACGACCUGAUUCCGAUCUCCGCGCCCGUGGAGCUGCGCGACGGCACGCUCCUGCGCGCGGGCGAGUGCAUCCGCAUCCGCAAGGGCAGCAUCGUGCAUAUCCCGCUCGAGGGCCUCAACAUGCUGCAGGAUAUCUGGGGCCCCGACGCGCAUGCGUUCGACCCCGAUCGGUGGACGCGCCUCCCGCCGCCGGCGCGCCCGCCUGCGUUCCCCGGGCUCGCGAACGUGAUGUCCUUCUCGUUCGGGCCCGCGGCGUGUCCCGGCUACCGGAUCGCGAUCCUCGAGACCAAGGCGGUGCUUGCGACGCUGGUGCCCCACUUUCUGUUCGCGCCCGUGGAGGGGGUGGAGAUCGGCAAGUUUAACGCGGUGUCGACGAAGCCUUUUGUGCGCGGGCAGCUCGAUGCGGGUGGGUGCCAGCUCCCGCUUAAUGUCUCGCGUUAUCUGGUUGCGUGA